UGCCGGAGCUGCCUGACACGUCCCCCUUCCCGCUGCUUACCUGUGCGUGCUACCAUGGCUGCGGAUUUUCCAUCACCCUCUUUGCUGGCGCUUUCCGUGGCGAACAACGAGUUUACGCCAGAACUCUAUGCGGUAAUAGGACAAGAACUAGGAAAUAUAUUCUUCUCGCCGAUAAGUAUACAUUUAGCUCUCAUUUUGGUGUUCCUUGGAGCAGGCGGUGAAACUUACAAAGAGCUUUUGAAAGGCUUACACUUGCUGGAUGAGAAGCAGCUGGUUGCGGAAGGAGCAUAUGCAAUGAUGGAAAGCCUUGUGGAAUCAACAAACGUCACACUUGAAACGGCGAACGCGAUGUUUUUGCAAGAAAAUUUUCAGAUCAAGGAAGAGUAUAAGAAUUCUGUGAUAAAGCUUCUUGCAGACGUUGAAGAAGUUAAUUUUUCACAGAGUGAAAUAGUGAGGAAGAUAAUAAACGAUUGGGUAGACAAAAAAACGCAUCACAAGAUUAACAGUAUUAUCCCUACUGGCGUUCUGAACGAUCUAACUCGCUUGGUGCUAGUGAAUGCUAUUUAUUUCAAAGGCGACUGGUUGAAACCAUUCAACAAAAAUGAUACUAAACAUAUGCCUUUCCACUCAACGUCAACAGACGCGAAGCCUGUUGAUAUGAUGCAUAUUAAAGGUAAAUUCCAGUACGUUGACGUGGAACCACUGAAGACCCAAGCUAUCCUUCUUCCAUACAAGGGGUCACGAAUUAGUAUGUUAGUGAUACUACCUAAGGAAUUAAACGGAUUGACAGACGUCGAGAAGAAACUUGGCAAUGUAACUCUUCAGGAUAUCCAGUACAGAAUGGGCGAAGAAGAAGUGGAUGUAUACCUACCAAAAUUCAAAAUGGACUACGAAAAGAGCCUAGUUGAAAUUCUAAAAACUCUCGGCAUGAAAUCCAUGUUUGAUGAAAAAUCGGCCAACUUGAGUGCCAUCAGUGACGCGUCACUUACAGUGACCGAUGUUCUGCACAAGGCUUUUAUAGAGGUUAGCGAGGAAGGCACGAAGGCAGCCGCAGCGACAGCUGUGGUAACAUCUACAAGGUCUGGCGGAAUACGCUUUCAUCGGCCGGUGACUUUCAAGGCCGACCACCCGUUCGCGUUCUUCCUGGUGGACCAAGUUUCAGGAGACGUGCUCUUCGCUGGCCGCCUGCAGACUCCCCCAGCGUAAACAGGGAUCGUGGCCCUGUUCUCUGGUUGCUUCUUUGCAGGCAACCGCGUCAUCUGUUUCUUCAGGAGCGAUGAGAAGGGUUCCUCCAAAGUGAUCAGAAAACAGCUGCCCACAGUGCCGAUUUUGGUGUGUGGCUCUGUGUCGAACUGUUACAGAAAGUAGAAGGCCUCUGGUUAUCUAUAACAGUCUGUUACGAAGUACAUUUCAUUUGUUUUCUUUAUGCUAACUGAAGCACUAUGUACCUUCUUUUUCUAUGUUUGCUAAAGAAAAAACGUAUGACCGUAGAAGGGAAGCUGAUUCUCGAUGUACUGAAACAGUUUUUGAUUCGUUUAUACAGGAAUGUGCGGUUUCUUAUGCCAUCAGCAGUUAACUGACUGUCGCAACCAGAGAUGAAAUAAAUGUAGAACAGAAAGGUA